AUGCCUACCAAAAAUGAGCAAGAAGAACGGAUGAAGAAAUUUAAAAACAAAGGCAAAGACCUUGCGGAAAUGAGGAGGCAAAGGAUAGAAGCUGGAGUCGAACUUCGCAAGGCUAGGAAAGAUGAGCAGAUCCUGAAGCGAAGGAACAUCUCUCUCACCCCAGAAAACCAGCUCUCCCCAGAGAAAGAACAGAAGAACGGGGCUGCGCAACUCUCUUUAGAGGAAAUUGUUGAAGCGAUCAAGUCGGAGGACCCGUGUCUCCAGCUGAAGGCAGCUCAAUCCGUCAGGAAGCUGCUGUCCAAGCAGAAGAAUCCGCCCAUCAAUGAAGUCAUCGAAGCCGGGAUCAUCCGCAGACUGGUGGACUUCUUGUACCACCACGACGCGCCCAACUUGCAGUUCGAGGCUGCCUGGGCCCUCACGAACGUCGCUUCGGGGACGUCCGACCAGACCAGAGCCGUCGUGGAGGCCAACGGCGUCCAGGGCCUGAUCGUCCUCCUGUCCUCCCCCCACAUGCACAUCUGCGAGCAGGCGGUUUGGGCACUGGGCAACAUCGCCGGUGACGGCCCCAUGUACCGAGACACCUUGAUCAACUUUAACGUGAUCCCUCCACUUCUGUCUCUGGUGGCACCAUCCACCCCGACUGGUUUCCUGAGGAACAUCACCUGGGCACUGUCCAACCUCUGCAGAAACAAAAACCCGUAUCCACCCCUGGGGGCGGUGAAGCAGAUGCUGCCUGCGUUGACCUGCCUCCUGCAGCACGAGGAUAAGGACAUCCUUUCCGAUGCCUGCUGGGCCAUCUCCUACCUGACCGAUGGGUCCAACGAUCGCAUCCAGAUUGUGGUUGAGUUGGGGAUCCUACCACAGCUGGUGAAGCUCAUGACCAGUCCAGAGUUGCCUAUUCUGACCCCGGCCCUGCGUGCCAUGGGCAACGUCGUCACCGGGACAGAUGAGCAAACGCAGAAGGCCAUCGACGCGGGCAUGCUGGCGGUCCUGCCACAGCUCCUGCGCCACCGCAAGGCCACCGUGCAGAAGGAGGCGGCGUGGGCCCUGAGCAACAUCGCCGCCGGGCCGUGCAGCCAGAUACAGCAGCUCAUCACCUGCGGGCUGCUGCCCCCGCUGGUGGAACUCCUGGACAAGGGAGACUUCAAGGCGCAGAAGGAGGCCAUCUGGGCAGUUACCAACCUCACCACUGGAGGCACCGUCGAGCAAGUGGUGGAGAUGGUCCAGGCAGGCACUUUGAAGCCUCUGCUGAAUUUGCUGUCUAUCAAAGAUGGCAAAACCAUCUUUAUGAUUCUGGAUAGCCUCUCGAACAUCUUCCAGUCAGCUGAGAAGUUAGGGGAGACAGAAAAGCUGUGUCUUCUGGUGGAAGAGCUUGAUGGCCUGGAGAAGAUUGAAGCCCUGCAGACCCAUGAGAACACCCUGGUCUACAAAGCUGCGCUGGGUCUCAUAGAGAAAUAUUUUUCUGGCGAGUCAUCAAGGGCUGAUGGAGGCGGUGUUGAUGGCCUGGGCCAGGGACAUGUGUGGGAAGGGCACCAGGUGUCCUUCGUGGCCCUCAUCCUCACCCCUUUGAGAGCUGUUGAAGCCAUCAGCUCGCCUUGCAGUAUAAACCGUUGGCACAUUUAUCUGAAAGAUUCUUCGCAGCCGAAAGCUCCUGUGGAGGCUAAACGCCAGUUGCUAGAGAAGGUGGCCCCGCCGGCUUGCAAUCGAGCGACCGUCCUCUGA